AAUCGUUCGAAAAUUUGGAGAAGGUGCGUUGUUUUCAGUUUUUUUAAUAUUAAAUAUAUAUAAAAAGUCACAAACGUGUUAUUAUAUUAAAAUUGAAGGUGAUAGUGGUGUACUUAAAGUAUUGUUUUUUAGAAAUAGAGCUUAAAUAUGUCGGCUGCCGCGUUGUCCACAUUGGCAACAUUCGACGAUAUUCGUCGUUGUAUUCAGGUAUUGACUGAUGGCACCGCAGAGGAAGAAUUCCUAAGAGUUUUGCGUUUACAAGAACAAUUUCGACAGGAAUGCUUAGAUACCGCAAAAGAAGCACAGCGUAUACAGAAAGAACUAGAUGCUUCACUAGAAUCAAUGGCAGAUUUGGAAACGAAGCUUUAUCAUGCGCGUCGUCUCCUUGAAGUAGAAAGUAAGUUACGUCGUGAAGCUGAACAUGAGCGCGAUCAAAUGGAAAAGAAAAUAAUUGCUGUAGCUGACUUAGUACAGAAGGAUGCCAAUUUAAACAAUGAGACACGCGAUAAAUUAGCCUUUCUAAAUACUUUGCCGCGCAAACGAAAGUCAAUGAACCGUGUAAUGGAGGAAAAAUAUGGCAAUGAUAUCAAUUCGACAGGUUCAUUUCUCUCCGAUUUAUCUAUAACACAAUCGGAAGAUGAUUUUCUGGAUGUGCGUCCAUCUACCGGCUGGCAAAAGCAUCGUCCCUCUUUGCCUAAAAAUUCAAUACCAUGCGUGGGCGGAAAACGUUCACGUGUUAGUGGAGCUGGUAUGCAAACAACACCAGUAGCCAGUACAAGGCGCUCCACUACACGACGUAGUGGUGUUGGUACACAACAGCAACACAUGGUGGAUGUAGCACCUGGUGCCGAACGCAUAUGUGCAACUACUAAGGUGACCAUUCCACAAGAUGGUAAUGGUGCUAUACGGGCGGAAUCUACCAUUGAGUCUAUGCCUGCUGUGCCAAUUGUUGCUACCGUGGCUUUAGAUAAAGAGGCGAGCACUGAAGAAGCGGCAUGCACCACACCUACCGGUUCACCUUAUAAACAGGCAACUGCACCACCAAUUACACCGAUGACAGCAAUUAAAUGUGGGCCGGCUAUUAAUUUAUGUUCACCACAAGUCUCCAGCCUACGCACACAGUUGAUGCGACCACAUAAUUUCGCUUCGCGCACUUUCAUACGAACGGAUACUUGCACACAUUGUCAAAAAAAAAUUCGCUUUGGUACGGUAGGUGUCCGCUGUAGGGACUGUCCAGUACGUUGUCACGCAGAUUGUCGUAUUGCGUUGGCAGUAAGCUGCGUACCACAAUCGGGUACGCCUACAAUUAAAGGUAUGAUGAGUUACAUCAGUGAUUAUGCACCGAACGUGUCACCGAUGGUACCAGCACUUAUUGUACAUUGCGUUAAUGAAAUUGAAUCACGCGGUCUCAAUGAGGUUGGUAUUUAUCGUGUAUCGGGUUCGGAGCGUGAGGUCAAGGCACUGAAGGAGCGCUUUUUACGCGGUAAAAACACACCACAUCUGGGCAAUAUUGAUGUACAUGUAUUAUGUGGCUGUGUAAAAGAUUUUUUGCGUUCCUUACGUGAACCACUCAUACCUACCAAUUUAUGGAAAGAUUUCUGUAAUGCGGUGCAACAGCCCACAGAGGUUGAGAUACAAAAAGAUCUCUUUAAGGCAAUUGAUGCUUUACCAGCAGCAAAUCGCGAUACUUUAGCAUUCUUAAUUCUGCAUUUCCAACGUGUUGCUGAAUGCCGCGAAGUUCUUAUGCCGAUUGAUAAUAUUGCGCGUGUAUUUGGACCAACUAUUGUUGGGUAUUCAUCCGCUGAUCCAGACCGACACGCCAUCUUCACUGAAGUAUACAUGCAGUUCACCACCAUGCAGAAUUUGUUGAAAAUCCCUGGCGAUUACUGGUCACAAUAUGUGAUAUUGGAUAUAGAUAAGGAGAACAAUCAAACAAAUGGCUCAACCAAUACAAUAACACGCACACCGAGCCACAAUACUAAAGAAUCUCUCUAUUCCUUGUAUGCAACUCCACUCAAAGGCACACUUAAAAAGCGAAAAUUCCAUGCCACACCGCCAUAUCCGUAUAAAAAAUAAUAAAUAAGGAACUUCUCGAGUAAUUUCCAACCAGCCGUCAAACGUCCGUCUUAAACGCGCCGUCACAAAGAAACUUGUACUUCAUUUUUCUAUAUUAAUACAUAUUUUUUUGCAAAGUAGCAAUUUUAAUAUUUUUGUUAGUCGCC